CUUUAAUCUUCAGUUUCACCCUCAAAACCGUAAUCAUGGCAUCCAUCGCGUUUCCCUCGUUGGCCAAAAAGGCCACCCUCUCGGACGGCACCACAUACGGCUACGUAGCCAUCCCCGCUGUGUCUGCUGACAAGAGCACUUUUGUGCUCAUUCACGGAUACCCCUCGACCUCGUAUGACUGGAGACUUCAGAUCACUGCUCUUCAGAAGGAAGGACAUGGGGUUAUUGUUCCGGAUCUCCUAGGAUAUGGCGAUACCGACAAGCCCCUUGAUCUGAAGGCGUAUCGCUUGAAGACCAUGAGUAGCCAAGUCGUCGAGAUCAUGGACAUUGAGAAGGUGUCUCGCGCUGUUCUGGUGGGGCACGAUUGGGGUGUCGCUCUUGCUUCUCGCAUGGCGCUGUUCUAUCCUGAGCGAUUCUAUGGACUCGUGACCGUCGCCGUUUCAUAUACCGAGCCAAGUGCAGGGUUCAGCAUCGACGCCAUCUGCGAAUUGACCCAGAAACUCGUCGGCUACGAAACCUACGGCUACUGGAAAUGGCACAACAGCGAAGAAGCCGCAGCCGAGAUGGAGGCCCAUCCCGCCUCCGCCUUCAACCUCAUCUACCCGCACGACCCCCUCCUCUUCAAGACCGACCUGGGGCCCACUGGCAAAGCCGCCGAAUUCGUCCGUUCUGGCCGCACCACCCCUCUUCCCUCCUGGCUCACCCAGGAGGAUUACGAGAUGCAUGAUCGCAUCUUCUCAAAAGGCGGGUAUACAGGCCCGCUAUCGUGGUAUAAGGCCGCGAUGCGUGGGAUGAAUUCCGAGGAUGAGGCGGGCUUGACGGCAGAGCAAAAGGUUUGUCCCGUGCGGAAUUUGUUUGUGGCUGCGACGCAGGACUAUGUCUGCCGGGCGGAUCUGCAGAUCAAGCGUCAGGAGAUGACGGGAUGUGUCCCUAAUGGUAGAGUCGAGUUGGUGGAUUGUGGGCAUUGGGUGCAGUUGGAGAAGCCAGAGGUGUUGAAUGAGUUGAUUCUUGGGUUCGCUAAGGAGGUUGUGAACUGAGGGGAACAGGGAACGUCAGCGUUAGCUGAGUUGGUUAGAAAAAAAAUAUUCUUUGCGAUCUUAUUGAAUA